GCGGACGGCGCGUGUGUGUGUGUGCUCGCGCGCGUGUGUGACUUGAGGGAGCGGCAGCGGCUCAGCCCACAUGUGCUCAGUGUGUUUGUAACGUGCGGAGGCUGCAGGUGAGCCGACGCCGACCCGACGCGUCCAGGAUCCUUCGAGCGGAACAAGUGAAAGUCCAGAGGAGUCCGGCGAGUCCAGAGGGGAGCCCGACGAGUCCAGAGGAGUCCAGAGGAGUCCAGGGAGUCCUGAGGGGAGUCCGGCGAGUCCAGAGGAGUCCAGUGAGUCCAGAGGAGUCCGUCGGCUGCAGUGCGGAGUGUGAUGUGACCAGCUGGUUGGACCUUCUUCCAUCUUUGUGUCCACACCAGUGAAGACGGGUCGGAGAUGACGGCGACAGCAGGACGAGUCGGAGCCGGCGGGACGGUGAUGGUGCUUCUCCUCCCGCUGCUGUGGCUGCUGCCUGCAGACUCCAAGGCCUGGAGCCAAACUGGGCCUCGGCUGCAGCUCUCCCACACAGAUCUGAAGAACAGCUCGGCUGUGUUCUGGGAGGGCGGAGUCAGCGGCGGGUACCAGACCCUGCUGCUUGACGAGGAUCAGGGAUGGCUGCUGGUCGGAGGGAAGGACCACGUCUACCUGCUGAGGCUGGACAGCCUGAACCUGCCCACACAGAAGAUCCACUGGCCUGCUGCCAGGUACCACGUGGAGCACUGCCUGAUGGCCGGGAAGCGCCUGGAGACAGACUGCGCCAACUUCGUGCGGCUGCUGCAGCCCUUCAACAAGACCCACGUGUACGCGUGUGGAACUGGAGCCUUCCAUCCACAGUGCACGUACCUGCACGUCGGACUCAACACGGAGGAGCCAUCGUUCAUGUUGUCUCAGUAUGUGGAGUCGGGCAGAGGAAAAUGUCCCUUCAGUCCCGGGGAGCCCUUCACUGCCAGACUGACUGACGGGGACCUGUAUGCAGGGACCUCAGUGGACUUUAUGGGAGCCAACGCUGCGAUCUUCCGGACGUCUCCGUACGGCAGCAGUCAGCACUACAUCAGGACCGAAGCCUACGAUCACAACUGGCUCAACGAGCCGGAGUUCGUGGGCUCCUUCUCCAUCCCGGACACCCACAGCCCAGACGACGACAAGGUCUACUUCUUCUUCAAGGAGAGGGCUGUGGAGGCGGGACAGUGGGACAAGAGGCUGUACAGCCGCGUCGCUCGGGUCUGCAAGAAUGACGUCGGGGGGAAGAGGAGUCUGAUCAACCGCUGGACCACCUUCCUCAAAGCCCGGCUGGUCUGUUCUGUUCCCGGUCCGUCGGGAGUCGACACACAGUUUGAUGAGCUCGAGGACAUCUUUGUUCUGGAGACAAAGGACCCUCAGAACCCGACCAUCUACGGUGUCUUCAGUACGUCCAGCUCCAUAUUUCGUGGUUCGGCCGUGUGUGUGUACUCCAUGGCCUCCAUCCGAGCUGCUUUCAAUGGGCCCUUUGCCCAUAAAGAAGGUCCUGACUACCGCUGGGUGGAGUUCAAGGGCCGCAUCCCCUACCCGAGACCCGGCACUUGUCCCAGCGAGACCUACGACGCUCUCCACAAGUCCACCAAGGACUUCCCAGACGAGGUGGUGAGCUUCAUGCGGCAGCACCAGCUGAUGUGGGAGCCCGUCCUGCCUCUGAGCGGCAGGCCCAUCCUGACAAAAGUCAACGCAGACUACAUGUUAAAGAAGAUCGUGGUGGACAGGGUGGAGGCUGAGGACGGAGCUUACGAUGUGCUGCACGUGGGCACAGAUGAUGGGAAGGUGGUGAAGGCUGUCUCAGUCACCAAGGACAACUCGGACACAGAGGAGGUCCUCCUGGAGGAGCUGACCGUCUUCCAGAGUCCAACUCCCAUCCUGAGCAUGGAGCUGUCGACCAAGAGACAACAGCUGUACGUGUCCAGUGAGCUCGGCGUGGUCCAGCUCGGCCUCCAGAGGUGCGAGCUUUACGGGGCCGACUGCGCUGAGUGCUGCCUGUCCAGAGACCCGUACUGCUCCUGGGACGGACAGACCUGCUCCAGGUUCUUCCCCACCAGCAAGAGGCGGGCGCGGAGACAGGAUGUAAAGCACGGAGACCCCUGGAGUCAGUGUCCAAUCACAGAGGACGGUUCGGACUCUGUGGAGGUGAAGCUGGUGUACGGCGUUGAGGGAAACUCCACCUUCCUGGAGUGUGUGGGUCGGUCGCCUCAGGCUGAGCUCAGGUGGACGCUGCAGCACCAGGAGAGCCAGCAGCAAACCGAACGCGUGGAGGUGAGUGAUGACAGCCGCUUCCUCCACAUGCAGCGAGGGUUGUUGAUUCAACGCCUGGAACUGGCUGACUCAGGCCUCUACACCUGCUCCAGCCACGAGCACUCCUACAGCCAGGUCCUGGCCCGAUACCGCAUCCACAUUAUCUCCAAUGACAGCCUCCACCCGACCCACUACCAGCAGAACCACGGCGCCAACCACCCGGGCCGCCUCGGCCUCGGGAAGGUCAACCCAGCUGGGGUCGCCGGUUUCCUUGGCCAGUCGGGCCCCCAUCAUCCACCGCUGCCAGGACACAGGAACUCGUGGCUACCCCAGUAUCCUCAGCAGCUGCCCAUGAAGAGCUACAAAGACCUGCACAUGGUGGGGACCAACAGUCUGAUGGACGAGUACUGUGAGCAGCUGUGGUACCGCGAGAAACGCCGGCAGCAGAAGCUCCGCACCCUGAAGCUGAAGCAGGAGAGCAGGAAAGCCCGGGUGAGGAGGAACAACCCUCCCGAGACUCCCCUGUAGUCCGCAGGACAACGCAGAGACUGCCGACGGACAACAGAUCCUGUACCCUCAGAGGACGAGGAGGAGGUUUCAUCAGGAAUGUUUGCCUUUUCAGCAAAUGAUGUCAGCUGGCAGCGACAGCAACUCAUUAGAGACUGACAGAAUCUUUUCACAUUCAGACACAGCAGAAAUACAUAAGCAGACAAAAGAGGACGUAUUUUACCCACUUCUUUGGGAUAUCGUUGGCUCCAAGUCUCAGCCAAAAUUGAAACUGUUGUUUUUAAUUUUCUGUAUUAAAAUCUAGACCAGCAUGGAGGCGUCAGGUGUCAGAAUAAAACACAGCUUGGAGAGAUGAAUGUGCCAAGUCUGACUGGUGUGUAACACAUUUAAAUCCACAUUAUGUUACAGCUGAUGUUUUGUGUGACACCAGUGGAAAAACAAAUCCCAGGUUUGUGUGAGGACAAACGUACGUCCUCAUGGGAACAUUUACGUGAUUUCAGCUGUGAGGUUCAAGCUGCCAUUUUAUUGUUGCUCCAGUUUGUAGCUUAACGUUAGCAUGUUCAUGCGACAGCCGAGGCCUUAUUUUAAGCUAACUGAUCUUGUAGUGUUUGAGUCAGAUUGACAGAUUAUUUCCUGUUAUUUAGAUGUUAUGUCCUCACAAAUGUCCACACGUCCACUGUCAUUUUUUCUACCCUGAAUUUGUUUGUAGACUUCCUGUCUAAUCACUGCAGUGCGUCUGCAGCCCAUAGCUGACAUGAAAUCGUGUCAGGAUCUCACACAAAAUGCACAGAAAUAUAUAGGCUAUGUAUUCAGUAAACAAGAAAAGUGUUUGCCCAAUUUAGUGCUCCGCAUUAAACUGUGUUCAACAAAGACGUGAUGUUUUCGUCGUGUAUUUAUGAUGAAGUGGAAACGCACACACGACAUGGACCUCGCUGAGAAAACGUUCUGUAAGGCUUCUUCAUUCUGCCACGUGACCAGUAGUUAUCAUUAUUCACAUCAAUGUAUAUUAAAGGGCUAUUUUUGAUCGUUUUCUUUCUUUACCUACUUCAGUACUUUUCUCAGUGUUUAUCUAAACUUCUGUGUUUCUCAUAAGCAAAAUGAAAACUUUUUGAAACUUCACUGCUCUAAAAAGCUUUGAGAUCAACAGCUGAGUAAUGAAACUGAGUUAUGCUGUAUGUGAAUAAGCCACAACAUGAUGUCAAAUAAAAAGAUAAAAACUG